AUGGCCGACCUCGCUCGUGAAGAAGCUGACCGUUACUUUUCUCACCGCGAUCACCAUACUUCUCACCCUGAAGACCGCGAUAACAGUUCAAGACAUUCUUCUGAAGAUCCCACUGAGCCAGCCUUUGAACGUCAAGAUUCAGAUCCAGGCACCGACGACGACGAUAACAUGGCUACCAUUACUGCUACCAGAACCACCUAUCAUCUUCCAACUCAAACCCAUUUCGCAAACACUGGUCCAAAAGGUGUCAUUGCAGAUGCUCAAUCCUUUGCCCGAGCGAAGCAGACCACAUUCCGCCAACGGCUCGCAAGCUUCGCAAGCAACCUCACCUCUAACAUAGGCCCAACAGGUACUUCCAAGUCAGACAAGAGGAAGACGCUUUCUGGUUCCCCGAAGUCGGUCUCUUCUGACAAUGAGAGCCUAGCCCUAUCAGACGAUGAAACAGACUCGGAAUUCAUGAGAGCGUGGCGGGCAAACCGUCUACAAGAGCUAGCCUCUCAACAAUCACAACCUCAACGGAAGCAAUGGCCCAGCCAGCGUAGCUGGGGUACGUUUCUUGAGGUAGACGCCAACGGUUACCUGGACGCCAUCGAGAAGGUCGCAGACGAUACGGUAGUAGUUGUCAUGAUUCAUGAUCCGACCUCUACUGCCAGUGAUCUGGUCGAAGAAGAGCUUGGUGUACUAGCUUGCAAGUACCCGACCACACGCUUUGUACGCCUACACCACGAGGUUGCUGAGAUGGAGUCUGUGGACAUCCCAGCCGUUCUGGCCUACAAAGGUGGCGAUGUUAUUGCCACAAUAUCUGGUGCAAAAGCCGAGGGUCUGGAAGGCGUUCUCAUGCAGUAA